AUGGCUAAACACCAUCCGGACUUGAUUUUUUGUCGCAAGCAGGCUGGUGUUGCCAUCGGAAGACUCUGUGAAAAAUGUGACGGCAAGUGUGUGAUCUGUGACUCCUAUGUGCGUCCCUGCACCCUAGUGCGCAUAUGUGAUGAGUGUAACUACGGCUCCUAUCAGGGGCGCUGUGUGAUCUGUGGAGGCCCGGGAGUCUCAGAUGCCUAUUAUUGUAAGGAGUGCACCAUCCAGGAGAAGGAUAGAGAUGGUUGCCCAAAGAUUGUCAAUUUGGGGAGCUCUAAGACAGAUCUCUUCUAUGAACGAAAAAAAUACGGCUUCAAGAAGAGGUGA